GCCAAAUAUAUCUUCCUAGGCUACUUCAUCGCUGUGGCUGUGAUUCGCAGCCGUGGCUACCCGACCUUUCACACGUAACCAAGAUGUAGUGACCCGUGUUGGAAAGCGGCCGCGUUACAGCGUGGCAAGAAGCAAGACCGAAGUACGCCAUGAUGGGCGGUGUGUCUAUGACCAGGCUGCCGCCAAUACGUUGGGUAUGCUGGUCAGCUGGAGCGUUUUUUUUUGCCGUGUUUGCCGACACCGCUUUUUCGCUGCAGAUGCGGGUACUGCAGCAACAACCGCCAGCACCAGCCGGAUCUUCUGCACCAACAGCUGCUCCACAACGCCCCACCAAGCGCCAACAGCAGCUCGCGGAGGUCCAAACCGCGAUUCAAGACAUGCUGGCUGAGAAGGAAAAAGCCUUAAGACAGCAGGAAAAACUAUGGUGUAAGGAGGAAGAUUCGAUAAAAGAGGGCGAAACUUUAGCGAAGAAGGAAAAAGAAGAAAAAAAACAAAACGCAAAAGACGCUUUUGACCUGCAGUUGCUCAGUACGAAGAAACUCGCCGAGUUGAAAGUGCAGUACCGCGAGGCGAUGGAAAGUUUAGAAGAGAAGCAGCUUUCCUUAACCAAGUUGGAGCAAGACAGAGACGAGGAGAAGAACAAAUAUCAAACGGAAUCCGCCGAUCUGUCGCAAAACUUCCAGUCCUUGUCCCACACUUUGGUCGUGCUGGAGAAGAAGGAAAAAACCGACGCGAGGGCUUUGUUGCAGGGAAGCACGGGGAGAAUGUUGAGGGAACGCGAGCCGGCUUUGUUUGCGUCUUUGAUGUCGGAGACAACGACGAUGGAUACAACAGCUACGGGUGCCGCUAGAGCUGGGGAAGAAGUUCUACAACAAGGUGGAUCUUCCUCUGGUCAGGACGUGCUUCUCGGCAUUCUUCGGACGCUGCAGGACACGAUGGUGCGGGACCGGAGGGACAUGGAGGAAUUGGAGCAACAAAAUGAGAAGAAGUACAAGAAACAAACCGCCUCCGGGAGGAAAACGGUCGGGAAAUUGGACAAGAUUUUGAAGAAGCUGUCAAAGGACAAAGCGGAUAUGGAGCAGCAACUCGCUGUUGCGACGAAGGAUUUGGCGGAAGCGAAGAGGGAAAAAAAGGAGAGGGACUGGUCCGCGGAUUUGACGAGGUUUGAAAAAGAGAAGAAAAAGGUGAAGGAAGAUAUGGAGAAGGAAUCUUUGGCUAUGCAGAAGGCGAUUUCGGAGUUGCAGAAGUAUAGCGGAGUUUCUGGUGGAGCUCGUGUUGCAACGCCUACGAAAAAAGAAGUUCGAAAGGAGGAAAAGGCGGUUGGGUCCUCUACAACUUCGUCCGCAGCCGGAUCUUCGGCUUCUGCAGGUCGUGCUGGAUCGAGUGCUGCUUCUAGUAGUAGUUCUAACGCUGCGUCUGCUUCUACGUCCGGAAAAGCAGCGGCGUCCGCAUCGGGGACGAAGGGUGGAGUACCAGAGAAAAAGAAGCUGAAAGUGAAAAUUGCUACCGCCACGGGGAAAAAGAACAGCCAGAACAAAAGCGACGGUAGGAAACAAGCUGCUGCAACUGCUGGCGGAAAUAGCAAGAAGAGCAAAAAAAAGUCUCCUUUAGCUGCGAAGAAGGCCAAUCGCAAAAAGCUGAAAAAUAAAGAGGUAAAAAAAGCAAAGAAGAAGUUGAAGCUGAAAAAGAAACUGAAGAGUAUGCGAAAAAAAGGGAAAGGAACCAACGACCAGAAAAUGAAAAGCAAAAAGGACAAGAAAAAGGUGAGAAAGGACCGGAAAAAAGCGCAGCGAAAAAGCAAGAAAAAGGGAUUCCUGGCACAAAGAUUCAGUUUGGUCGAAGACUCAGAACAAGACGAUGGUGUCGAAAAUGUUGACGUCCCAACAGCGGAGCAAAUUGUCCAGGAAAUGGUGUCAUCUUCCUUUCUGCAGGUCAGCACCGCCGCGUCUAGUGAUGACCGCUCUACGUCUUCUGCACAGCAAGCAAUGACAAGAAGAUCCUUGCAGAUGAGGAUGAACACGCGGCUCCAGUUGCAAAAUGCCUUGUACAAUAAGAACAGCGUAGAAACCACCGGCGGCGAUGUAGAUGUUUCUUCGGUCGCGGAGAUCCUGAAGGUCAUCGAGAACCGGAUUGAGCAGACGAAAAAGGAAAAUCAAGAAGCCGCCCAACAGCAAGAGGAUUGCGAGCAGAACUUGGAAUCAGUCGGGAAGGAGCUUGCCUCGAAGGAAGAGGAAUUCGAAAAGGCAACUUCCGUGUUGGAGCAAGCGGAGGCGGAACUUGCCGAAUUGAAAACCAAAGUACAAUCUGUGUCCACCGAUUACGACCAAGUAGAAAAAGAAAUCCUCGACUUAACCCAAACGGAAAAACUGGAACAAGCGACGUUUCAAGCCGGUAAAGCGGAGAGAGCCCAGGCGAAGCUGGUUUUCACCGACGCGAAGAAAUUGCUACAGGAAGCGAAAGUGGAUACAACGGUGCUGAUAUGCAUUGCAAAUGUAUCAUACUAACUAAGUAUCCCUAGAUCGCAUGACAAAUUUUUCGAAGAACAAAAGUGGGGUUUGUCAUGCUACAUCAGGUAGAAAGUUUAGAGUUGUCAUGCUUGACUGCAAUUAGUAUCUAUGAGUGCGAUACUUUUGCAAUGCAUAGCUGACUCUCGUCGACAACAUCGUGGAGAAUUUAACGCAGGAGGCUGCGGAUGCGCAGGAACAGCACAGUGAGGAGAAAAAGACGAUCAAAGAAAAUCUAAAAGCCGCAAGCGAGAAAGAAUCGGAACUCUACGAAGCCCUUUCUGACGUGAAAUCGCUCCUGUCCGCGAAACAAGUCGAAAAAACUUCCGCGGAGGAUGAUUUAGAAAGCGCGGACAAGGAAAAACAAGCCGCGGGAAAAGAGGUGGAGGGCGUGAAGGCGAUUUGUGAUCCUUUUUUGCAAAGUUUCCGGGACGAGGAGGCGGAAAGGGCGGAGGAGAUCGAAUCGUUGACGCGGAUGGGCCAGAUUCUGCGAGGAGCGGAUUUUGGCAGUGGUGAUGGAGGUGGUGUAGUCUCUUUGUUGCAGGGAGUUGCUGAUCGUGCUGCGGGCCGCGGUAAGGGACAUCUGAAGGGCGAGAACAUAGCGAUGUACGCUGGUGCUGAAAGCUCGGCUGACUUGCUAUCGUCCAAGAGCAGUGACACCAGUCCUCCGCGGGAGCGGGCGCGGUCUCUCCGGCGCUUGGAGGAGAAGCUGCGAGAGCAGUAGAUGCUGCCGCGACGUUGUAAUACUUGCAACGCAUACAAUAACCACGGAUGCGCAGACGCAAAAAUCGUUUCAAAUGAUC